UACCGGCUUAGCAAACACCUCUCGCCUGUCCCUCCACGGGGGGCGGGGCUACGAAGGAGAUGCUGCGUGGUGAUUGGUUGCGGCUCGUUAAGAACGUGGCUACGGGGUGUUGGACAGUCCACACCAGGCGGUGACUGGUUGCCGACAGGCGGGGCGGCUCGACCGCUGAAGAAGUAGCCGGAACUGUGAGGAGAGCCAUGAGUCAGGCGGCCAAGGUUUUACAGCUCUUUAAAACACUGCACAGGACCAGACAACAAGUUUUUAAAAAUGAUGCUAGGGCAUUAGAAGCAGCCAGAAUAAAGAUAAAUGAAGAAUUCAAAUGUAAUAAAAGUGAAACUUCUCCUAAGAAAAUAGAAGAGCUAAUAAAAAUAGGUUCUGAUGUUGAGUUGAUACUCAGAACAUCUGUUAUACAAGGUAUUCACACGGACCACAGUACGCUGAAAUUGGUUCCUAGGAAAGACCUUCUUAUAGAAAAUGUGCCGUAUUGUGAUGCACCAACUCAGAAGCAAUGAAUUUUUCUAGAAUAAAAUUAAGUCUUUAUCAUUUUUAAUUUUAAAAUAUGUAACUCUGGCUAAACUCCUGGAAAUGCAAAUAUUUUUCUCUGAAAUGGCAUAUUGAAAUUGAGUGCAUUAUAGUUUCAUAAUUAAGUUUCAUGUUGAAAGAACAUUGCUGAAAACUGCAGAACAUAGUUAAGUAUUUCUAAAGAACAUUAGGUAAGAAGACAUUUCAUUUUCACUGAAAAUCAAACUGUAUAAAGUGAAAUAAAUGCUUAGGGAGGUAUAUCAUAUUCACUUCUGUUUGACCUUAAUGAGUGUUUUGGUUUUAUCAUAGCUAUUUGAGAAUGAAGUGUUUUGACAAGUUGGUGGGUUUUCUUCCCAUGUGAAAUGAAACUAUGAGAUUAAAAUUAUUAGAUUAAGUUAAUGUUUAGUUCUGAAAAGAAUUGGUCUAAAAAUCACAGUGUGUGCCAACUUUCCACAGAAGGCAGCCUUUGUUCCUAAAGCACUGAAAUUAUUCCUGUAGCUAACAAAUAAUUAUACAGUUUCCUUUUAGAGAUAGAGUGUAUCUCUGUUCCUAAAAGAAAAUUUUUAAUCAGUCUUCUGAAGAUAGAUGAAUAAAAUGUCAAAAUCACGUAAGGUAACUGUGGAAUAAAGAAAUUCUAAUUUAUUAAGGAAAUAGUGUCCCUUGAUCAAACUAUAUAAUAUAGGCUUAGUAGAAUUAGCUGUACUUAGACCACAGCUAGACCUUAUUGUGAAAAUGUAAUAUAUGGCUGUACCCUCUUCAUUUUAAUCGGUAAGAUCUAAAUGGCUUUUUUUUUUUUCUCUAACAUUUUUCAUCCCUGACAAGAUUGACAGUAUCACAGAACAGCUUGGCAUUCUGCCUUCUAAUGGACAUGGGCUUCCCUGGUGGCGCAGUGGUUGCACGUCCGCCUGCCGAUGCAGGGGAACCGGGUUUGCGCCCCGGUCCGGGAAGAUCCCACCUGCCGCGGAGCGCCUGGGCCCGUGAGCCCUGGCCGCUGGGCCUGCGCGUCCGGAGCCUGUGCUCCGCAACGGGAGAGGCCACGGCAGAGGGAGGCCCGCAUACCACAA